GCAUGCGCAUGCGCAGUACGCCUCGAGUCUACAAUGACGUUGCCUAGUCUAUGGUCGCUUGUUUUGUUUGGCACUCCCUAGUUUUGUUUCUUCGAGCCGGCGUUUAAAAGUCUGCCCCGGAGAAGCCAUGGCCGAAGAGGCCUCGGGAGCCGCCCGCCCGCCCGAGCACGAUGGGCUUCUCCAGCAGCGUAUCGAGGAUCUGGAGCAGGAGCGGGCCGAGUUCCUCAAGCGCAAACAGCAGCUGGAGAUUGAGUUCAACCAGAAGCGUGCCAAGUUCAAGGAGCUCUAUUUGUCUAAAGAAGUGGAGCUGAAGCGUCAGGCGGCAUCUCUGGAGAGCGCCCAGGCAGAGCUGAACCACCUGCAGACCCAGCUGGCCAAGGCUACAGCCGAGAUGGAGAACAUCAAAGCCGUGGCCACCGUCUCGGAGAGCACCAAGCAGGAGGCCAUCGACCAGGUCAAGCAGCAGUGGCAGGAGGAAGUGGCGUCCUUACAGGCCAUCAUGAAAGACACGUUGCGGGAGUACGAGGUGCAAUUCCACCAACGACUGGAGCAGGAGCGAGCGCAGUGGGCGCAGUAUCGCGAAGGGGUCGAGAGAGAGCUGGCCGAACUGCGGCGCCGCCUGUCUGAAGGCCAGGAGGAGGAGAACCUGGAGAACGAGAUGAAGAAGGCCCAAGAGGAUGCUGAGAAGCUUCGCUCUGUAGUGAUGCCGAUGGAGCAUGAAAUCGCUGCUCUCAAGGCCAAGCUGACGAGCGCAGAGGAGCGGGUUAAGGAACUCGAGGCGGCUAAGGUGAAGGAGCUCAACCACGUUCUCGAGGCCGAGAAGUCGUGCCGGACCGAUUUGGAGAUGUACGUCGCUGUCCUCAAUACCCAGAAAUCUGUCCUCCAGGAGGACGCAGAGAAACUUCGGAAAGAGCUCCACGAAGUGUGUCACAUGUUGGAACUCGAGCGGCAGCAGCACAACCAGUUGAAGCACACUUGGCAGCGCGCCAACGAUCAGUUCCUGGAGUCGCAGCGGCUGCUGAUGCGAGACAUGCAACGCAUAGAGAGCGUGCUGAGCUCUGAACAGCUGCGCCAGGUGGAGGAGAUGAAAAGGAGGGACCAGGAGGAGGACGAGAAGGAGCGGCUUAGUCAGGCCCAGGAAGCCGGCGAGGACGAUGGCGCAGACCACACGGAGGGCGCAGAGGACUCUUUCCUCGGUAUUUCCAUAGAGGAGUCCCACCUGAACCACAGCAUCCACAGCUCUUUACACUCGCUGGACGAGGACGGGCCGGACUCCUGCGAUCCCUGUAGAGACGGCCUCCGCCGCGUCCAGUCCACAGACAGCCUGGGCUCGUCCGGAAACGCCUUGCAACCCCAAGGACUCAACCACAAAGCCAAAUCAGCCAGCAACCUGGACGAGUCGGAGUUCGGCCCGCUGGUCGGGGCCGAGUACAACCCCUCCGUCGCGCCUUCUAUCGGCUCCCUGCCUUUCCUCCUCACCAAGGACCAGGAGAAGGCCAUCAAGGCCAUGACGCCCGAGCAAGAGGAGACGGCAUCGCUGCUCUCGAGCAUCUCUCAGCGACUCGACGCCACGUACCUGCCUCCAGCCGGCUACCGAUUGGUCAGCGACUUGGAGUGGAACCUUCUUCAGCAGGAGUUGAAGAACGCGGGGAGGAAGUUGGGCCGGCGUUGUGACAUGUGCUCCAAUUAUGAGAAGCAGCUUCAAGUCAUGCAGGGGCAGGAGGCAGAGACACGAGAUCAGGUGAAGAAGCUGCAGGCCAUGCUCCGGCAGGCCAACGAUCAUCUGGAGAGGACGAUGAACGAGAAGCAGGAGUUGGAAGACGCUGUGAAGCAGGGCCAUGAAGAAACCAACACUAAGGUCUCGGCGCUUAUGCAGAAAGUCCAGGAGUCGGAGACGACGCUGAGCGCGCUCCAGCAAGCCUUCAGCCAGGCCAAGAGGAACACCCAGGAACAGAUGGCUGUGUUGCUGAAGUCCCGGGAACAGGUGGCUGAGGAGCUGAGCAGGCUACAGAGAGACAACGAGAGUCUUCAGGGCAAACACAGACUUCACCUGACGCUGCAGCAGGAGGAGAACUUCCAGAUGCCCACAACCACCCAGGAGCUCCAGUCUCUGGUGCUGCAGUACCGCGAGGACAUCGUCUCGGCGCGCACGGCAUCCGAGCACCUGGAAGAGAAGCUGAAGGCCGAGAUCUUGUUCCUGAAGGAGCAGAUCCAGGCGGAGCAGUGCCUCAAAGAGAACCUAGAGGACACACUACAGCUGGAGAUCGAGGGCUGCAAGGAGGAGAUCGCGUCUUUCUCCAGCCUGAAGACAGAGUUGGAGCGAGUCAAGGCUGAAAAAGAGCAGCUAGAGAGCAGCUUGGCGGAGAAGAGCCAGGCAUUACAGAGUGUCCAGGGUCUGAAAAGCAGCUUGGAGGAACAGCUCAAAGACACACUCUCCAGCAAGACCGCCCUGGAGAGUCAAGUGUUCGACGAGAAGGACAGAGCACAGAGACUACAGACAGAGCUGGAUGUCAGCGAGCAGGUCCAGAGAGACUUUGUCAAGCUUUCACAGACUCUGCAGGUCCAGUUGGAGCGAAUCCGGCAGGCGGACUCUGUAGAGCGAAUCCGUGCCAUCCUCAAUGACACCAACCUGACAGACAUCAGCCAGCUUCCUGAGACAUGAUACUCCCUCUUCUACUACUACUUCUUCUUCUUCUUCUUCUUCUUCUUCUUCUUCAUCAUCCAGCAUCCUUCUUUCUUUCCCUGUCUUCUCACACACACACACACACACGAACACACAAUUUCGUCCCUAUGUUUCUCAGAUCCCCCAACACCUCAUUGCGUGUCCCUUGCUGAGGGGCGGGACACUGGCGUGAGGUGGCCUGGGCUUUUUAAAAACACUUCAGUGUACCUCUAAAGAAAAAAAAAAAAGAAAAAGAAAGAAAAGAAGGCUCUGACACACGAGAGGUCGGAGAACACUACGACAUCAUUACUACAGCUCUUCGAGCAUGUGACUAAAUGUGAAACGUCUCUGUCAUUUUCCCCCCAGUUCAUGCUUCACUCUGUUCCUGGCCUACUUUCCGACUUCUACACCAUCUGCUGAGCCUAAAAGACGGAGACUUUAUGAAGGAUCUGCUAGUAGUAUUUGUACAUACGUGUGUGUAUACAGAAUAUAUGUAUAUUGCGUUAAGUUAAUUUGGCCGUACGUGUGGCUUCCAGCCGUUUUUCCUGCGUCCGUGACUCAUUUCAUAGUUAUAACCCGUGCUGUGUCAGUAUUCCUCCCCAUGUCGUUUUUUUUUUUUUUUUUUUGGGUCCCUUUUCUUCGAGUUCAAACACUUACCAGGCAAAUCGAGGACCUUCGACUUCAGUGGGUCUGAUGCCGUUUAUAGACGUCCCGUUUUCUAUCCCCGGACCUGGCGAUAUUUUUUUUCCGCCGCCGCAUCACGACACGCUUUCGGAGAUGGCUGAUGAGAGGACACUAAGUCUGUAGCCGCUGCUAUGUCCUGAAGCUCGGUGAGGCGAGUACCGUGUUCGUCAUUCCUACUAUAGGGAAACCGUUGGGAUUUGUGUCACAAUUUCUGAACUGAACGCAAGCGAUUUUUUUUUUUUUUUUAAUGAGAAUAUUAGUCUGGCUGCUUCUUAAACACCUGAAUUAGUUCUGGAUUCUGGAUUGGUCUACUCAGGGGUGGACAAAUCGCAUGUUUUAAGGCUUGGAAACCUAACAGUCCUUAAAAGCAUUAAAAAAAAAAAAAAAAAGAAUAGAUAACGUAAUGUAACACCAUAUCCCAGGCUAUUUUGCUAGUUAUGUAUGUAAAUGAAAUCAUCCGUGCAGCCAUUUAAUCCGAGUCGUAACAUCCCGUGCGUGUAGUGCAGCAGGUGGUGAAAUUCGGAAAGAGUACUGUGCUGUAGCUACAGCGUCGAGGGGAAGAAUCAAUUUUGAUUAAUUGAUUUUGAUUGGCUUAGCGGUUAGCACGUUUGCCUCACACCUCCAGGGUCGGGGGUUCGAUUCCCGCCGUGGCCCUGUGUGUGCGGAGUUUGUAUGUUCUCCCCGUGCUGCGGGGGUUUCCUCCGGGUACUCCGGUUUCCUCCCCCAGUCCGAAGACAUGCACGGUAGGCUGAUUGGCGUGUCCAAAGUGUCCGUAGUGUAUGAAUGGGAGUGUGAGUAUGCCCUGCGACGGAUUGGCACCCUGGGAUAGGCUCCAGGUUUCCCCGCAACCCUGAAAAGGAUUAAGCGGUAUAGAAGAUGGAUGGAUGGAUUCAUACCAAAUACCAAGUGGUUUUUGGUUAACAACCAAAGAAAAAAAAAAGUCCAGACACGUCAUCAUCAUCAUCAUCAUCAGGCGAUUUGUCCACUCCUGCAUGUGACUCACUUUUCUAAACCAGAUCAUGUGGUAAUAACAUUACAUGUAUAGUUCGUACAAAUUAUGACGAUUUAUUUUUCACUAGAAGCACCGCCGUGAUUGAGAUCGCCAUGUCGAAAUGACGUUCCUCGUGUUGGUGUGGCAACGCGUCUCUCUGGCGUGACACACACACAUUUUCAUUAUUACUAGCUGAUGAAAUGCGGCUUCCUUUUUUCUUUCUCUCUCUCUCAUUCAGAUGCAAACGCUGCUGGUUAAAUCUGAGCAGCAUUUCAUGGCUUGAAGAAUUUUUUUUUUUUUUUUAAACUGACGUGUCCUCUUUGCCUUUUUAAUUCAUAUCCAUCCUGUCCAUCUAACACUCAACACACACACACAGGCUACAGUUGUGGAUUUCUGCUGCUUCCCCGUUUAAUUCUAUCCGAUAGGAACAUCACACCGAGACACGAUGAACUUUCUAACUUUUUUUUUUUUUAAAUAUUCACAAAGCUCUAAACGACAAUAAUAUCGUGUGUGGAUUAAACCGAGUGACGAGUUCAUGUUCCUUUAAUCCGGUAUGAUUUUAUGGUUCUACUUGCUUUGUGGAAAUCCGUAGUUUAACGACAUCAUUAACGUUCUGUUCGCAUGGAAGAUUUAUAAACUGUACUGUGUACAUAUCUCUGUACAUAUCUAAUAAACCAAACUCGACUUAAAGCACAA